UUGUAAUUUCUUCAACUGCUUUAUUAAAUUCUCUCUUUCUUUUUGUUUUUUUCAAUCUUCUUUAAUUGCCAUUGUUGUUUAUGAAAAUUAAAUUUCUCUUUCCUUUUUCUUUUUUUUUUUUUUAAUUUUCUUUAACUUCAUUGCCAUUUAUGAGAGAUUAAACUCUCUCUAUUCUUUUUGCUUUUCAUUUUCUUUAACGUCGUUCAUGAGAGAUUAGAUUCUAUAAAGGAAAAGAGAGAAUUCGAUCUCUGCAGUUAAAGAAAAUUUAAAAAUAAGAAAGGAAAGAGAAUUAAAUCUUCCAUUAACGUCGGUUAAAAGAAAAUUAGAAGAAAAAAAAAAGAAAGAGAAAAUUAAAUAGGGCAGUUCAAGAUUUUUUCUUUUCAAAAGAGGCACUAUAAAACCAAAAAAAAACAACCCUACUUAUUUUUCAAGAGAGCCCUUUUACCUAAUAAUAAUAAUGUUUUUUUUUCUUUUUUCAAAAAAAAAAAAAAAAUUCUCCAGUUUACCCUCUAUUUUCUAAAGCUCAUUUCUGAAAUAUUUUAGAAAGCCAAGAGAUUGUUUUAUGUUAUUAUAUGUUGGGAAUGGUGAAGCAAAGAAGAAGAAGAAGAAAACAAAACAAAAGUUUGGGUUUUUCUUGUUUUCUUUUGUUGUAACUGAGAUUAUUAGGUUAGAUUAAUAAAUACUUAUUAAUGUGAUUUCUUCUUCAUUUUUGUUUUUUAUUUUCCUCUUCAUCCAUAUACAUCCAGACAACCUCAAUACUUACAAAUCUCACAUCAUUACAGUAAAACAAACGACUUCCCCGAAAAACAUUCCAACCAUAUGGCUUCUUCUUCUUCUUCUUCUUCUUCUUCUUGUUCUUAUUGUUCUUGUUCUUUUUCUUGUUUUGUUGUUUUGCUUCUGGUUUUUACUUCUUUUUCCUCUGUUUUUUCAAGUUCUAUAUCCCAUCAAAUCCCAACAAAAAACCAAACUUCAUUCCACCCAGCUAGAGAACUCAAGAAACUCAAACACAUCAGAAAUUAUUUACGCAAAAUCAACAAACCUCCCAUCAAGACAAUUCAGAGUUCAGAUGGUGAUGUUAUAGAUUGUGUUCUUUCUCAUCUUCAACCUGCUUUUGACCAUCCUGAUCUCAAAGGCCAUACUCCAUUGGAACCACCAGAGAGGCCAAGAGGGAACAACAACUCCAUUGAAGAAGCAGUAGAGAAUUUCCAGUUAUGGUCAGAAUCAGGUGAGUUUUGCCCAGAAGGAACAAUCCCAAUAAGAAGAACAACAGAGAAAGAUAUAUACAGAGCAAGUUCUUAUAGAAGAUAUGGAAGAAAACCCAUUAGACGACAUGUGAGAAGAGACUCUUCUGGCAAUGGCCAUGAGCAUGCUGUGGUAUAUGUGAAUGGGGAACAAUAUUAUGGAGCAAAGGCGAGUUUAAACAUAUGGGCACCACGUGUAACGGAUCAAUAUGAGUUUAGUAUAUCACAAAUAUGGGUAAUUUCAGGUUCAUUUGAGAAUGAUUUGAACACCAUUGAAGCUGGAUGGCAGGUUAGUCCUGAACUGUAUGGAGACAACAAUCCCAGAUUCUUUACAUACUGGACGACCGAUGCUUAUCAAGCUACUGGGUGUUAUAAUUUACUUUGUUCUGGGUUCGUUCAAACCAAUAAUAGGAUUGCAAUUGGAGCAGCAAUUUCGCCCAUUUCUUCUUACCGUGGCAAGCAAUUUGAUAUUGGUUUAAUGGUUUGGAAGGAUCCGAAGCACGGGCAUUGGUGGUUAGAAUACGGGUCGGGGUUGCUGGUGGGGUACUGGCCAGCAUUCUUGUUCAGCCAUUUGAGAAGCCAUGCUAGCAUGGUACAGUUUGGAGGGGAAGUAGUGAACAGCAGAUCUUCAGGGUUUCAUACAGGAACUCAAAUGGGGAGUGGUCAUUUUGCUGAAGAAGGGUUUGGGAAAGCUUCUUAUUUCAGGAAUUUACAAGUUGUUGAUUGGGAUAAUAAUUUGCUUCCUCUUACAAAUCUUAAGGUGUUGGCUGACCAUUCUGAUUGUUAUGAUAUUAGACAAACCACUAAUAGUGUUUGGGGCACUUAUUUUUACUAUGGAGGUCCUGGUAGAAAUGUCAAAUGCCCUUAGAAUUAUUAUUUCUUUUUUUUUUUUAUUAUUAAUUGUUGUUGUUGUUCUUUUAGGAUGUAAUGUAAUUUAUUAUAAUCUUUCUUUUUUUGGGUUUUUUGUUUUCUUUUUCUUUUUUGGUCCUAGGCCAGCUUGAGGUAUGGUUUUGGUUUGGUUUUGGCCUUUGGUUUUUUAAUUUUCUAAUAUUAGUUUAUACAAAGGGGAUGAAUUUUUUGUAAUUAUGGAUGAAGAAUACAAAGAAAUGAAAAAUUAGAAAGGUUGUGCUUA